CCUCAAAUCAAGGAACAGCAGCUACCAUGAGGGCAUUCAUGAUCCUGGCGCUCGCCGCGACGGCGAUGGCGCGGCCGGAAGCCGGAUACUCCUAUAGCCAGCCAAGCAGUAGCUACGGCGCUCCUUCCGGUGGAUAUCCGCUCGCCGGUGCUGUUGGUGGUAUUGGUGGCAUCGGUGGUUUCGGCGGCGGCGGAGGCGGAGGCGGUGGCGGUGGAUUCGGUUUUGGUGGUGCAGGUAUCGCCGGUGGCAUCGGAGGUACACAGGGUAUCUCAGGCGCUCCCUCGUUCGGCGUCGGAGGUGGCCGAGGUGGAGUUGCUAGCAUUGCCGGCGGUGUCGGCGGUGGAGAUGGUAUCUCUGGUAUCAGUGCAUUCGGCGGCGGCGGCGGCGGUGGCGGUGGAUUCGGAGGUGGCACGCUCAUCCAAAAACACAUCUACGUUCACGUACCGCCUCCAGAAGCUCCCGAGGCAAGACCGGCCAGGCCCAUAAGCGGAGGAUAUCAGGCACAAAAGCACUAUAAGAUCAUCUUCAUCAAGGCACCUACCCCACCAACCCCGACCGCUCCGGUGAUCCCGGUGCAGCAGCAGGAUGAGCAAAAAACGCUUAUCUACGUUUUGGUCAAGAAACCCGAAGAGGCGCCCGAAAUCAACUUGCCCACCAUCACGCCCACUCAGCCCAGCAAACCGGAAGUCUACUUUAUCAAAUACAAGACUCAGAAGGAAGUCACCGGUGGUGGUGGAGGUGGUGAUGGUGGCAUCGGCAUCGGCGGUCACGGAAUUGAUGGCGGUAUCGGUGGCGGUAUCGGUGGCACCGGACCAAGUGGACCCAGCACGAGUUACGGGGCACCCGGUGGAUCCGGGCCAUACUAGUCAAUUCACCGCUACCCCUGUCGCGGCCCCUCCGUCCUACCCUCCCGUUCACCAAACACACGCACACACCGCUCACAUACCUCUAACAUGAUCAGCGACGAUAAUACUUAUCGUAUUGACGUAUCGCUGUGUUAUAUGCGCGAUCGCCGAGAGAAGAAGACGACAACGAUGACAAAGUUGAAGACGGCGAUGAUGAUGACGAUGUUGAAUACGA